AUGUCGAUGAUAUUCCAUAUCCUUCACUCUGUUCCAUACAGGAAUAAACCCAUCGUCAAGGAUGUCAUUGCAAGUUUACACAGUUAUUUCACUUGCAAUUUAUUGAUUGCCUUUUCCGUUAUCAUCAGUUUUAAACAAUUCGGUGGCCGUCCGAUGGAGUGUAUGUUGCCAAUGGGUUUCAGUGGAGCGUGGGAGCAGUACGCAGAAAAUUUCUGUUGGGCGCAGGACACGUAUUUUGUUCCACCGAAGGUCUUUGUGGAGCAUAUUUCGGCAGAAGAACGCCGAGAACAUCGGAUUAGUUACUAUCAAUGGAUGCCUUUUUUUUUGCUAUUUCAAGCAGCAUGUUUUAAGGCACCUACAUUUAUAUGGAAAUAUUUUGCCGGACAGUCAGGGAUGAAAAUGGGUCAAAUUCUUCGAUUAGCUAAUGAUCCAGCAAAUUCAUCCUUGGAAGUUAAAAAGGGAAAUAUUGAAACAUUAUGUAUACAUCUGCAAGGUGCAUUGCGAUUCAAUGAACGGGUGAAAAAGAAGAAACUGGUGCCUCAUAAAAUUUGUCGAUUUUUAAAUUUAAAAUAUGCGAAUUAUUACGUUGCAACGAUAUACAUCUUAGCGAAGUUAGCAUUUCUGGCAAAUACUAUAUUCCAGAUCUCUUUGAUGACACGAUACCUAUUACCAGAGUUUAAGAAUAAUUAUGGCCUAGAAUCGUGGAGGAAUAUUAUCUGGCCUAAGAAUAUUUCUCCAUCAUGGCACCACAGUGGGAUUUUCCCCUUAGUAACUCUUUGCGAUUUUGAAGUCCGAGAAAUGGGAAACAUACAAACUCAUACGGUGCAAUGUGUUCUUGUUGUGAACUUAUUCACUGAGAAAAUUUUCAUUCUUCUGUGGACUUGGUUCAUGAUAUUAGCGGCACUUACAGUUUUGAGCGUUUUGAACUGGAUCUAUUUGUUAACGGGAAAUUGUUCAAAGGAGCAUUUUAUUCUGAAUCAUCUCGAAAUGAGCGGAACAUCAUUCGAUAAAAGCGACCCGCAAAAUAAGAAACACGUUGACCGUUUUUUGCAUAAAUAUUUGAGGACAGAUGGCAUUUUUGUUUUAAGAAUGGUUGCUGAUCAUGCGGAUGUUGUUUUUGCGACUGAAUUAAUCGCAUCACUCUGGCGAUCUCAUUAUGUUUUCGAGGAGAGAAGGGAAAAUAUAUUGAAAAUGGAUAAGAUAUGGCCACAGCACCAACAAAGAUUAGAAAUGGCACUGCUUGAAGAAGCUGAAGUUGCUCGAAAAAUCAGUUCGGAUGCCUUAAAUGCUCUCCAAAGAAAAAGAAGUAUUUUCUUUGAUUCACCGUAUUUCCUGAAACGUAGUUCGCUGACUACAACAACGAUGCCGAAAGUACGAUCACGUAGCAUCCUAGGGAAUUCAUGUGUGUUGUCUCGAAACAAUUCUAAAGAUAGCGUGAUACCAUUUUCUCCUUAUGUUGCAAACCAGUCUCGUGGCAACAUUUUCUCGACUGAUACUCAGGGUAAACUUCGACGACGACAUAGCUUGGAAAAGAUCGAUAUUAUUGGUAGAGUCAAGAAAUUUGCAGACAGCAGCGAUGAGGAAGAAAAGGAGAAAGAGAGAGAAAAGGGAAGGGUUUAG